UGUUCUACGUCAUUUCCUGCGCGCCAGUUACGGACUACACGUCGUUAGCUCCAAAAGUUGCUUAUUUUCCGCGCUUCAAACAACAAAACGUUAGCUUGUUUUGACGACUUCAUUGCUGAUUUUAACUAAAUUAUCACCAAACAAAUACUAAUAUUUUAAACCCGAGACUUUUAUCUCCUACUCUAGCUAGCAUCGUUAGCCCUCACUGUUAGCACGCUUGACCGCUAACAGUCCAGAUGUGAGUUGAGCAGGGAGGUCGUCAUGUCUGCGCCGCUGACAGCCGAGCAGAAGCGGAUGAUUGAAGAAAAUAGACGGAAAGCUUUGGAAAGAAGAGCCCAGAGGCUCGGACAGAACGCGACCGUUCCACCGGACAGCAACGAUGGCGCUGCAUCAGCACCGAAGCGUUUUGUUCCGCCAUUCAAGAGAGAAGCACAAGUUAGCGAGAACCACAUGAAAGCCUCGUCGUUUGGAAAUGGAGUCUUUUCGUCAACGCUGACAUCAGACAGAGAUGCACCUCCCCCAGCCAAGCGCCAACAUGUCAAGCAGCCCCCGACGAACACUGACAGCGGCAUUAGUAGCGCGAGGCCUGCUCUGCUCGAUUGUAAGCAGCCCUUUCCCUGCGGUGCAGCACUGGGCUCCUUCUACAAACAACCAAACAAACCCACUUCAGAAUUGCCAACAUUAAAGGCUGUACCUGCUAAGAAGCCUGCUGUAUCCACCAGGGGCAAAUGCGUGCCGCACACUGACGGACGCUUCAGAGUGGAGGUGGGCUACAACGUGGAGCUCAUCGCAGUUUUUAAAUCCAUCCCAUCCAAGGCGUAUGACCCGACCAAUAAGAUGUGGAGCUUCAGCAUGGGGGACUACCACCUGCUAAUGACUCAAGUGGCGUCAAUCGCCUCAGUGUCUUUAAAGCCCCUGGAGGGGGCCGAAGGGUUGAACAUGGCGGAGUUGACCAACAAAGCUCAAGAUGGCUCAGCACUGAUCGCUCUGUUGAAAUUGUGCAACGGCUGGCAGAAACCGGGGGCUGCAAUCCAGGGCCGCUGCAUGCUGGUGUCAGCCUCCAGAUUUGAGGUUGAUAUUGGUUACCAUAUCGACGUAAUUGCAGCAUUCAAGCAAAUGCCGUCAAAAACCUAUGACAUGAAAACAAGGAAAUGGAACUUUUCACUGGAGGACUACAAGAGCCUGAUGGAGCUCCUCAGUGGGAUAGCAGCCGUGGAGGUGGAGCCUCUUCCGCGGGCUAUAGUCCAGGCCUUUUCUGCCAGCUUCGAGGGGCUUCCAGCCAAGAAGUUGGACGUCCCUGUGGCCGACCUGUCCUGUGUCGAUCCCAUGAUUACUAGCAGCCUUAUGCCCUUCCAGAUGGAAGGAGUCAAUUAUGCGGUGUCAAAACAAGGCCGCCUGCUCCUGGCAGAUGACAUGGGCUUGGGGAAGACUGUGCAGGCCAUCUGCAUCGCUGCCUACUACAGGAAGGAGUGGCCGGUACUGGUGGUGGCUCCUUCCUCCGUGCGCUUCACCUGGGCUGAGGCUUUCCGUCGCUGGCUCCCAUCGUUGAGUCCUGACAAUGUCAAUGUGGUGGUGAAGGCCAAAGACAACCUGCGGGCUGGGUUGGUCAACAUCAUCAGCUACGACCUACUUAGCAGGGUUGAAAAACAACUGCUAGCCAAUUCAUUUGACGUCCUUAUCAUGGAUGAAUCCCACUUUCUAAAGAAUAUAAGGACAGCUCGUUGGAAAGCCGCAUUGCCGCUACUGAAGACAGCAAAACGGGUCAUUCUCUUAUCAGGGACUCCUGCAAUGUCGAGACCAGCUGAGCUCUACACACAGAUUCUGGCUGUCAAACCCACACUCUUUCCACGCUUUCAUGAAUUUGGGCUGCGCUACUGCGAUGCCAAACAGACGACCUGGGGCUGGGACUACUCGGGAUCCUCCCAUCUAGGCGAGUUAAAGCUGCUCCUCUCCGAGUGCCUUAUGCUGCGGCGCCUCAAAUCCGACGUCCUCUCCCAGCUUCCUUCCAAACAACGCAAGGUUGUCACGGUGACCAUCGACGGGGUCAGCAACCGGACCAAAACGGCUCUGUCGGCUGCCGCCGAGCAGUUAGCAAAGGGACAUCGUAAUAAAAAGGAUGAAAAAGAUGCACUCCUUAUUUAUUACAACCACACAGCUGAAGCCAAGCUACAAGCCAUUAUGGAGUACAUUAACGACAUGCUGGAAUGUGGCAGGGAGAAGUUCCUGGUGUUCGCCCAUCACAAGUUAGUCCUGGAUCACAUCACUAGUGAACUCGUUAAAAAGGACGUCUCGUUCAUUCGCAUCGAUGGUUCCACGCCGUCAGGUGAGCGCCAGAUUUUAUGUGACAAAUUUCAGUUAUCUGGGAAGGCGUGCGUGGCCGUCCUGUCCAUCACCGCCGCCAACAUGGGCAUGACGCUACACGCUGCUGAUCUGGUCGUCUUUGCCGAACUGUUCUGGAACCCCGGAGUUCUUAUCCAGGCUGAAGACAGAGUUCAUCGCAUCGGUCAAACCAACAAUGUGAACAUUCACUACUUAGUCGCGCAGGGAACAGCUGAUGAUCACUUGUGGCCGAUGAUUCAGGGAAAAAUGCAAGUAUUGGAGCAGGUCGGCCUGUCCGAGUCAAACCUCUCAGCCCACGCGGUGACAGCUCAAUUCCACUCAAAGGAUCCCAGUCAGAAGAGCAUUACGGAGAUGUUCAAUAGGUCUUUCAAUGAGGAGGAUAACGUCGACCCAGGAGAUCAGUAAGAGGGAUUCAGCUUCUUUGUUAAAAACAAAAAACUAUUAUGACUGAUAGAAGAAAAUGCAAAAUGCAUGAGUACUGUAUCGUAAGUAAAGGCUGGAUCAGAGACUGAAUACAACAACUGGACAUGUUGGGGUACACAUUUACGUGUAUGCUGGAAAACCUGAAGUAAAAGGUUCCAUUCCAACGAUGAUUAGUAUGACAAUCCAGAACUUUUUUUCUCUUCUGCGGGAGGAUUUAAUUCACCUGCGUCUCCUAAGUUUGAAAUAGAAAAAUACAAGGUUUUAUGCUAAUACACUGGUUAGGAUGUUGUUGCUUUUAUGAAAAUAAAAAUAAUAAACGGAACUUUUAUCUGAAUAUGUCUGACAGUUUCAAUCAAGUAAAAGCUGAUUUUUUUCAGCCGUAAUUUGUAUUAGUUAGAAUAAAUGAAAGGGUGAGGUCACUAUUUCACUUGAAAAUAUAAGUCAAUUCAAAUUGUUAUUAAAAUAAAUCUAUAAUUCAAAUAUUAAUUCACGUCAUACAUUUCGUACUGU